AUGGCAGCUCGAUCACGUCGGCCGCGAGGGCUCUCAGCGAAUCACGUGAAUGAGCAGGAGCGACUUGAGACCAUCAUGACCGACAAGUCGACGUUGUCUUCAGUACGCCUUCUGGGGAAGGAGAACUGGGUCAAGAUGGAGGAGCGUCCCAACUGCUUCUACUGUGCUCGCAAGUUCCGUCCGUUCUCGAUCAAGCGCCACUGUCGCUCGUGUGGUGAGAUUGUGUGCUCCAACUGCUACAGGCGACGAAGAGUGCGUGUGACUCCUACCUUGGAAGUCACAGUGCGUCUGUGUUUCGACUGCAUUGACAAGGCCAUGCUCCUAGCUGAGAGCGAGCACAUCAACGCCAGUGCUCCCCAGGAAGGGAAAAAGACUCAUCGAGACAGUCUACAAACGACAAGUACCAGCACUUCAUUCUGCAGUCGCUUCUCGGACUUUUCUGGCUGCGAUAACUGGAGCGAUGCAGACAGCGAUGUGAGUGAUACGAGCAGUCUCGGCGGAAGUGGCGGACCCACGAUCCCUGUUAGUCAGCGUGGAAGUCGUCGAGGGCAGCCGAUAAUCCCCGCGACGGACAUGAUCGAGUUCCUUCCAGAACACGAACAGUUCGAGAUCUACGAAGCUCGCAGACACGAAAUCCUCACGCAGUUUAAAGUGCUAGACACUGAGCCGGAGAAGGAGUACGAUGCGGUAUGCGAACUCGUCCGACAAGUCCUCGACUGCAACGUGGCUGCGGUGGCAUUUAUGGAUCAGACGCGUCAGUGGUACAAGGCUCGGUAUGGUAUCGCGCAGGGGGAACUGCCACGAGAAAUUGCCUUCUGCUCUCAAGUGUUGCAGACGCCUCUGCCUACGAUCGUCAUGGACGCGACAAAAGACCCUCGAUUUAACCAGAAUCCACUGGUUACAGGCUCAGCCAACAUCCGCUUCUACGCUACGACGCCGAUCUGCGACCCCAGCACUGGAAUCAUCAUCGGCUCAGUGUUUGUUAUGGACCCAAAGCCGAAGCAGAAAUUGCCAGUGCGCGCGAUGGAAGUGUUAUCCUACGCGUCUUCAGCUGCUGAGAAACUGCUGCUAGGCGAAGGCUCUGUGCCUGUCCCUCCUGCCAUGAUGCACAAGCGACACAAACGUCGAGCAUCGAUGCCUUCGUUCCCGGAGAUUCGCGCGGCCUCACUGCAGAGUGUUCCAGAGGAGAUCGAGGACGGGGAUUUCCGCAUUACGCAGCCUCGCUCGAACGCUUCCAGUGUGUCAUCUAACGGCAGUAUGCGCAGUAGCCGCAGAGGCAGUUUGCGUCGUUCGGGGCCGAAAACGCCCGUAAAGCUGACGUCCUCAGCGUCGGCCAAAACUUCCAGCUCGACCAACUCGAAGCUCUGCAUCACUGACCUCGUCUCUGCCGAGCCUGGGAACGUCGCAGCGACUCAACAAGCAGUUCCUGCUCAGCUCCAGCGGCUUGACUCGUCCUGCAUCGAGCUCUUCCACCGCAUCACAUCCACCCAGCAGCUUCUAGCGCAACAACACGAUACGCUAUUGGCGACGUUGACGCAGCACUCGUCGCGUAUCAGCUCCAUCGAACAGACCGUGGACCGCAUUGAAGGCAUCUUGUCUGCUCAGAGAACACAAAGCAUGCCGCAACUUGUCGGCUCCAUACGGCGUCCUGUGGACAUGUAG